UUUUGACCUGCGGUAUUCAUUCCAAAAGCAGGGCGUCAUGCCGGAACCGACGUUUAUCCUCCCAAAGAUUUUGUACUUUUCACUCACAUCAGCAGGAUGCAUUCUCUCAUUUCUGUCAGUAUAUUUGUCACAGGUGCUGGCAAUGCCAGCAACGCAAAUCGGCGUCAUCCUCGCAACAACGCCCCUCGUUCUCAUGAUUGGUAACCCGUUUGCAACCGCCCUAGCAGACCGUCUCGGCGCGCAUAAAUAUUUCGUUGCAGCAACUCUGACGGGGGCUAUAGGGCUGACCCUCCUUAUUUUCCUCCGGCCGCCCUUCCCGCUUUUGCUUGCGGGCACCGCUCUGGUUGCUCUACUUCGUAACCCUAGCUAUCCAAUUCUUGAUGCAUUGGUGCUUGCCAUGCUGGGUGACAAACACAAGGAUGAAUAUGGGCGACAGAGACUAUGGGGCUCGAUAGCCUGCGGCGUUUCGACAGCGUUUAUAGGUUGGUUGAUCGAUUGGAUGGGUAAUCUGGAAGCGAUGAUAUGGGGUCAUGUGGGAUUCCUAGCAGUGUUUCUGGUAGCGUUGAACUGGUUGCCGGUUAGUAGUCUCCGAGAAGGAAGAGAGCAUGAUGAGGAGGCGUACUUUUCGCCGAUACCGGGGGAGGAUCCUGAUCGGCACCCUGUGCUUCCGAGUGAAGAAGACGGUGCUUUAAAGGGCGCGGAUGAAGAGGAAGAUGAAUUAUUCAAGCAGAGUUCAAUUGAACAGUCAGACCUCGGCGACGCAGAAGAAGGAAUACAACCCACAUCUCCUUUGAUCGAAGACGCCUCAAAUACUUCGUUGUCACCAAUUUCAUCUAGAAAGUCUAGCGCCUCCGCUCAGAUUUCCGUGUUCACCAGUAAUGUACGCCCAUUGUUGACGGACCCCGCAGUCCUCUUUUUUUAUUCCCUGAUAUACAUCAUGGGCACGUCCGUGGCUGUUGUCGACAGCUUUCUGUACCUCUUCCUUUCGAAUCAAAUGGGCGCUUCAAAUACGUUUUUGGGAAUAGUCAAAUUUUUCCAAGUCGGGAUGGAGAUUCCAUGUUUUUACUUUUCUAAGCAGAUCAUGCGAAAAAUAGGCGUCAGGAAUAUGCUGCUGCUUGCCCAAGUCAUCCUCGUAAUACGAUUAUGUGGUUAUGGCUUGCUCCCUGCUGUCGGGAGCGUUUGGUUUGCACUGCCAAGCGAGUCACUUCAUGGGGUAUAUUACGGAAUCAUGUGGGCCGGUGCCGUUCGGUUCAUGGACGAUCGUGCUCCGCCUGCCUUAAAAGCCACCGCUCAAGGUGUCCUUAGCGCCGUGUAUGGCGGACUGGCUCAAGCGUCUGGUGCACUGAUCGGCGGCUGGUGGUGGGAUAAACUCGAGGGUCGUAUCAUACCUUUGUUUUGGGGCCUGGCCGUAGCGAAUGGUGCAUACUUUGGACUGUUUGCGCUUUGCAGGACCCGACAUACCGAAUCCUCGCGCAACAGACUCGUAGUCCCAUCCUAAGUCCUUCAAGCUCUGCUGAAUCCUGACGCAUCCUUCCCACUGUACCUAUCUCAUUUUAAAUAAUACAUCACGCAUCAAUACGCCCACCACCCGACA